GAUGGCGGCACUGGAUAGUGACAGCGACGAGGACUUGGUCAGCUAUGGGACAGGCUUGGAGCCCCUGGAAGAAGGUGAAAGACCAAAGAAACCAAUUCCUCUUCAGGAUCAGACUGUCAGAGAUGAAAAAGGAAGGUAUAAACGGUUUCAUGGAGCCUUUAGUGGAGGGUUCUCUGCUGGGUACUUCAACACUGUUGGCUCAAAAGAAGGAUGGACACCUUCUUCCUUUGUGUCUUCACGACAGAACAGAGCAGACAAAUCUGUUCUUGGUCCUGAAGAUUUUAUGGAUGAAGAGGAUCUUAGUGAAUUUGGGAUAGCACCUAAAGCGAUUGUUACCACAGAUGAUUUUGCUUCCAAAACCAAAGAUAGAAUACGAGAAAAGGCCAGGCAGUUGGCAGCUGCUACUGCCCCUAUUCCUGGAGCCACUCUGCUUGAUGACCUCAUAACAUCAGCCACAUUAUCUGUUGGUUUUGAAUUGCUAAGAAAAAUGGGUUGGAAGGAAGGACAAGGAAUUGGUCCUCGAGUAAAGAGAAGACCGCGCCGACAAAAACCUGAUCCUGGAGUAAAAAUCUAUGGCUGUGCAUUACCUCCUGGAGGCUCUGAAGGAUCUGAGGACGAAGAUGAUGACUACCUGCCAGAAAAUGUGACCUUUGCACCCAAAGAUGUCAUGCCUGUGGAUUUCACACCUAAAGAUAAUGUACAUGGACUGGCUUACAAGGGCCUGGAUCCCCACCAAGCGUUGUUUGGAACUUCGAGAGAACAUCUUAAUCUUUUCAGUGGGAGACCUGAGGGGACCAGCAAUCUUAUUGGAGAUAUUGGAAUGAAUAAAGGAAGAAAACUGGGAAUUUCAGGCCAGGCUUUUGGUGUCGGUGCCCUGGAAGAUGAAGAUGAUGAUAUCUAUGCCACAGAAACUCUGUCCAAGUAUGACACCAUUUUGAAGGAUGAGGAGCCUGGAGAUGGACUCUACGGCUGGACAGCGCCCAAGCAAUAUCAAAGUCAGAAAGAAUCAGAGAAAGAUCUUCGAUACAUUGGCAAAAUAUUGGAUGGAUUUUCCUUGGCUUCUAAACCUUUGUCUUCUAAGAAAAUUUAUCCACCACCUGAAUUGCCAAGAGGCUAUCGACCAGUGCAUUAUUUCAGACCUGUCGUGGCUGCAACCUCAGAAAACUCCCAUUUACUUCAGGUGUUAUCAGAAUCAUCUGGAAAGCAAAUACAUGACCCAGGGACACAUAGUAGGCACCAACUGAAUGCCUCCAAGCGGGGAGAGUUGCUAGGAGAAACACCUAUUCAAGGUUCAGCUACGUCCGUGUUAGAAUUUCUAUCCCAAAAAGAUAAAGAGAGAUUCAAAGAAAUGAAGCAAGCCACUGACCUUAAAGCAGCUCAACUCAAGGCCAGGAGCCUGGCCCAGAACGCCUCAAGCAGCAGAACCCAGCCCUCCUCUGCAGACGUCGGGCACCACUCUUGGCACACGGCACUGAGUGGCGGGACAGCCACCACAAAAGCCAGCAACUUCAAACCUUUCGCCAAAGAUCCAGAGAAGCAAAAACGAUACGAGACGUUUUUAGUAAAGAUGAAACAGGGACAGAAAGAUGCUCUGGAGCACUGUCUGGAUCCCAGUAUGACAGAGUGGGAGCGAGGCCGAGAACGGGAGGAGUUUUCUCGGGCAGCCCUGCUGUAUGCAUCUUCCCAUUCGACCUUGUCCUCCAGGUUCACUCAUGCCAAAGAGGAAGACGAUUCAGAUCAAGUGGAAGUUCCUCGAGACCAAGAGAAUGAUGUCAAUGACAAGCAGUCAGCUGUGAAAAUGAAGAUGUUUGGGAAGCUCACCCGAGACACGUUUGAAUGGCACCCUGACAAGCUUCUAUGUAAGAGGUUUAAUGUCCCUGACCCUUAUCCAGAUUCAACUUUAGUUGGCUUACCAAGAGUGAAACGUGACAAAUACUCAGUCUUCAACUUUCUGACACUCCCAGAGACAGCUUCCUUGCCUACAACUCAAGCGUCAAGUGAAAAAGUACUGCAGCACCGAGGUCCUGACAAAUCAAGAAAACCAUCCAGAUGGGAUACAUCUAAACAAGAAAAGAAAGAAGAUUCCAUUAGUGAAUUCUUAAGUUUGGCUAGAUCAAAAGUUGGUCCACUUAAACAAGAGUCUAGUCCAUUAGGAAACAAAGAGGAAGAGCCUGUGAAGGAAUCACUCUCAAAUAAGCUGGUAAACAAAGGUGUGGAUUCACAGACUGAAGGAGAAGAGAGCCGCCCAUCCAUGGACUUAUUCAAGGCCAUCUUUGCCAGCUCCUCGGAAGAAAAGUCCUCAUCCUCUGAGGAUGAGCAGGGCGACAGCGAGGAUGAUCAGGAGGAUAUUGGGGAGGCUGGUUUCAAAAGUUCCCAGGAGGCUGGCUUGGUGGAAACAUCAUCCGUGGCACAGAAUGGCCCUUCUUCGAAGACACCAUUCAACCCUUCAGGUUGCACGAGUGAGCCGGCCCGGCAGGAGCCCGCCCCUUCCUUCGUGAUACAGAAGAUGCAGAUAGAUGAAAGAGAAGAGUUCGGUCCGCGGCUGCCUCCUGUCUUCUGCCCCAAUGCUCGUCAGAAACUUGAGUCUCCUCCAAAAGAGAAACAUAAAAAGAACAAAGAAAAACAUAAGACCAAGAAAGAGCACAGACGGAAGAAAGAGAAGAAAAAGAAACACCGGAAGCACAAACACAAAGGCAAGCAAAAGAAUAAAAAGUCAGAGAAAAGUAGUAGUUCUGAGAGUUCCGACAGCAGUGACAGCCAGAGUGAAGAAGGUCCUGCAGACAUGUCACCCCAGGAACUGCUGAGACGGCUAAAACAUCUCCCCCUAAGGAGGCAGUGACCAAACUCUGCCCUGGCCUGUUCCAAAACCCGAUCUCCUCCGUGAUGGAAGCCCAUUGAUUGCUCAGUCAAUACAUUGUACAGAUUGUGUUUAUAUGUAAAUUCGUGCUGUAAAAUAAUUUUUAAAGCCUUGACAUUUCAAAGGCUGCCUUGGAAGGUUGCAGAAAUUGG